UAUCGUCAGCAACGGCGAGGAAGCGACCACAACAAACCUCACUGGCAAUGAUGUAACCACCGUCCACUCUGCAAGAAUACCACCACUGCUGCAGUACACUUAACACCAAAGCACCAUCGGCGGUGCUGCCCUCUAUGUGUGUCCCUAGUGGUGGCUAGACAAGGAUGCUGCGAUACUGGGGCGUAUCUCUACUGCGGCAGCGAGGAGGGAGCCGACACCUGGCGACCACCGCUGCCAGCAGCACACAAGCAACAGACACCUCGAGUCGGGAGAUACCAAUAACAAUCAAGGCAGACACAGCCACCAAGGACUCCAGCCAUGGCUCCAGCAAGGGGUCUGGGUUGUUGGGUAUAGGUGGUGGUCUUGGCUUCACUCCACCAGAGCAGGAGGAGGAGGAAGUCAAGGAACCUCCACUCUAUGACACCCACAUCAGAACAAACACCUUCCAGAGAGCCAUACUGACCUGUGGAGCAGCGGCAGCGGCACUGCUUGACCCGAGACGACACGACAUGGUGGCUGUGCUGGGUGAGACAACAGGAAACAAAGCCCUAAUUCGUCUGUACGCCCGCAUGAGUGACGAUCCCGAGGGCAGCCGGAUCUUGGUGGACAAGCCGAGGAUAAGCAGCUCUACUGUUGACUUGGAUGCUUUACGCGAACUCCCUGCGGACUCUUUAGGCCGCGCGUACAUUCGUUUCCUAGAGGACAAUAAGGUAACGCCAGACUCUCGGCUUCCAGUGCAGUUUGUGGAUGACCCAGAGUUGGCAUAUGUGAUGCAACGUUACCGGGAGGGACACGACCUCUUCCACACCAUACUGGGAAUGCCGACCAAUAUGCUGGGUGAGGUGGCGGUGAAGUGGGUGGAGGCCAUACAGACUGGGCUUCCAAUGUGCUAUGGUGGUGCUGUUUUUGGUCCUUUAAGAUUCCGGCCAAAGCAACGACAGAAAUAUGUAUCAACUUACCUCCCGUGGGCUAUCAGAGUUGGUCGUAAUGCAAGGCUGCUCAUGAACAUUUACUUUGAGGAGCGAUGGGAGCAGUCUGUUCAUGAUGUGAGGGCCGAGUUUGGUAUUGAGUCUCCCCCUGUCUAAUGUGGCAGGAAGGUAUUAGUGGUCUUGAGGGAAGUGAAGGAGAGGACAUGGGCGUAGGUUAUCAAUAAACACCUUUUGCCUUCCACUCAAUUUACAAUGAAUAAUUGUCCUUACAAGCUUCUGAAUAGCUGCUGUAAUAUCAUACCCAACAAGGUGCUUCAUGUAAUCUGUCUUGAUAAUAUGAGGUAUGAAGGCUUGGCUAUACCCAGACAUGUAUUGUAAGCCUUGCACUCGGUAAUCUAUUCAUUACUAUUUUGUAAAUAUAAAAAAUUGAAAUGCUCACCAUCUUGGGUUACUGCAGAAAAUAAUACAAUUCAACAAACUCUUUUUUUUUUCCUUAACCAUGUUGUGGCUUCCAUUUGGCUAGAAUUCAACACAACAAUUCAGGAGUCUCACUACAGUAUGAAUCUAAGAGCACCACACUGGAAGCCUUGGGCAGCACUGAUAUCUUUGGUGUCCUCAACUGGCAUAAUGAUUUUGCCAUGGCAUGGUAACACUAACACUUAUUUAACAGUGUCUUGCCUCACUGAUCUCUCAUUCUCAUAUUGCUAUGCACAUCAUGAAGGCCUAAGAUUCAAGUGAGGACAUGUUAAAAGUUUUUCCACAACUUCAAGCUGGUAUCAAAGUUCAUUGUUAUUUUGUAUAAAUCAGUUGCACUUAUUGUAAAGAGAUGUAAAUGAAAAAUCAAGAAUGUAUAUAAAGAGGUAAUAUAUUUCUAAAUACAAAUGUCAUUGUAA